CCAUGUUUGAUUGAUUGAUUUUGAUGGUAUGACGUUGUCCUUGUUGCUAUGUCCAGAAUGGCAAAUGGCAACCGGCUGCCAAUUUUAAAUCAAUCCACAAAAUCUGUACGAAGAUUCUCACCCAUCCCUCCCAGUCCAGUCCUAAAACCCGCCUCUCGCGCCUCUCCCUGGCCCGUCUGUCUCCCCCUUCUCCUCCCUGUUGUCCAAGGCCAAGAAGAAGCCGAGAAGAGGAUGGAAUCAUCGUUAUCGGACGAGACCCUGUUCCGGAGGGCUCUCGUGAUCCUAUACGUGAUGUGCCCGCUCACCGUCCUCUCCCUCCGCUUCCUAGUCGCCCCCUACGGCCGCCACGCCCGCUCCGGGUGGGGUCCCGCCCUCCCCCCGGCCCUGGCCUGGGUCCUCAUGGAAAGCCCCACCCUGUGGCUCACCCUCCUCCUCCUCCCCCGCGGCCGCCACCGCUCCCACCCGUUCGCCCUCGCCAUCCUCGCCCUCUACCUCCUCCACUACAUCCAUCGCACCCUCAUCUACCCUCUCCGCCUCUCCAUCAACUCCAGGUCCAAGUCCGGCUUCCCCGUCGUCAUCGCCCUCUCCGCCUUCUCCUUCAACCUCCUCAACGCCUACCUCCAGGCCCGCUCCGCCUCCCACUAUGCCGAGUACCCGGCCGCCGCCGCCUUCGGGUUGUGGGUAUGGCUGCGGGUUCUGGUAGGGAUGGGGAUCUUCUUCUGGGGGAUGUCGGUGAACAUACGGUCGGAUCUGGCGCUGUUGAGGCUCAAGGCGGAAGGGGGAGGAUACAAGAUCCCGCGGGGCGGGUGGUUCGAGUGGGUGACCUGCCCCAACUACAUGGGGGAGGCGGCGGAGUGGCUGGGUUGGGCGGUGGUGGCCUGCUCUCCGGCGGCGCUGGCCUUUUUCCUCUACACUUGCUCCAACCUGGUGCCUAGGGCUAGGGCGCAUCACCAGUGGUACCUGGAGAAGUUCGGAGAGGACUACCCCAGGUCCAGGAAGGCCGUCGUGCCCCUCGUCUACUGAUGUACGCUGAAUCCAUUGUGGCCACUGGCUUCUAUAUGGGGUUAAUUCGAUUGAUUUUCUUAUUACAAUCCUUCCUAUCUUUCAUCUUGGAUUUAGCGAUGCAAUUUUGUCUGGCGUAAGGCAAAAACAUGAAUAAAAAAAAUCAUUCCCCUGCCAUUAUUGAUUA